AUGGCUAACCAGCAGAACACCACCAAUAACAACACCAACCGCCUAGCCUCCUCCGCUGGGGGACAGCAGCAACCCGGUAACGACAACGUUAAUGUUAACGUUACCGGUGUUGCUGCUACUGGUACUCCAUCAUUUCCAAACCCUCCCCCUCCGAGCACUGUUCAACUCAAUGUUGCUAGAGGGUCAUCUGUGAGUCCUCCUGGUCUCAAUAGAGGACCAUCUGGCAGAGGGUCAUCCAACACUAGGAGGGUUUCGCCCUCUGGCAGAAAGUCUCCUCCUGGUGGCAGAGGAUCACCCUCUUCUGGGAGAGGGUCAUCGUCCUUUGCCUCUUCUCCUGGAGCGGGACAAAUCACUCAGAUUGGUGGAAGAAAUUUCACUCCUCUCAGUGUGGAUAUCACUAUAGGAGGAGGGUCAGGGACCGCAGGAGGGAGCAUGAUUCCUGGCAGCAGCAGCGGCUCGCCACCACGGGCCAAGCGCAAAGCUGAGAUAACUGCCCCAGAAGGAGUGAGCCCGGUUUGCAGCGUAUGCAAACGCUCAAACUUUUCCUCAUGGAAAGCAUUGUUUGGGCACAUGCGUUGCCACCCAGAGCGUCAAUGGAGGGGCUGCUUCCCACCCCCAGGAUUCGAAGAAGCACAGCGAGCCCUGCAACAAGGGGAAAGGCUCGGUGCGCUGCGUGGGUUUGAUCUGAAUGAGGCAAGUGAUCCAGAAGAAGAAAAUGAUGGUGGCGGCUUCGACCUCAACAUGCUUCCCCCAGACGAGGAUAAGGAUGGUGGCGGCAGUAGUGGUGGUGCUGCCAAGACUGGUUAA